UAUUGCAGCGAUCUUUACUCAUCUUUCCCUCCGUUCUCCCAUCUACACUACACUUUUGUUUUGUCCAAAAGGAGACAAAAAUCGCAUGGAGACUGCUGCUGUUGACAUGUGGACAUUUUUCUACUUCAUGUUUGAAUGGUGACGGGUUGUUGGGACCGUAUGGAGAAAGUGGGUGACACCUGGCAGAGACGCACCAGGAGCGGGCUAGCCAGCCGCAAACAACCGAGCAGAGGAAGAGCUGACGAGUCCAAUGUGCUGCGGUGUCUGAGCGGCGGAAACACGGAAGACGGCCAUGACAUGGAGCAGGACAUCGGCCUCUUUAAGCAGGACAGUUUGCAGCGACGGGUCCUGGCGCCCCGCUACAGCCUGCUGCGGGAGGUGGGCCGGGGCACAUACGGCGUGGUGUACGAGGCCGUGGGACGGAGGUCCGGGGCCAAAGUGGCCGUGAAGAAACUGCGCUGCGACGCCCCGGAAAACGUGGAGCUCGCCUUGCAGGAGUUCUGGGCGCUGGCGAGUCUGGAGAAACGGCACCAAAAUGUAGUGCAGCUAGAAGAGUGUGUGCUGCAGAGGAACGGUUUGGCUCAGAAAAUGAGUCAUGGGAACAAACGGUCUAAACAGUACCUCCGACUGGUGGAGACUUCACUAAAAGGUGAGAGAGUGCUCGGCCCUCCAGAGGAGCCCUGCUACCUGUGGUUUGUCAUGGAGUUCUGUGAAGGUGGCGACCUCAACCACUUCAUCCUCUCUCGGCGGCCCGACCCUCGAACCAACGACAGCUUCAUGCUUCAGCUGACCAGUGCAGUUGCCUUCCUGCAUGAAAACAACAUUGUUCACAGAGAUCUCAAACCUGACAACAUUCUCAUUUCAGAGAAGUCGGGGACUCCGGUUCUCAAGGUAGCUGACUUUGGCCUGAGUAAAGUUUGUGCUGGUUUAGGAAACCCCAGUGAGGGCAAAGAAGGUGAAGACAAGAACAAAAACAUUAACAAGUUUUGGUUGUCAUCGGCCUGUGGCUCAGACUUCUUUAUGGCUCCGGAGGUGUGGGAGGGUCACUACACAGCCAAGGCUGACAUAUUUGCCCUUGGCAUCAUCAUCUGGGCCAUGCUGGAGAGAAUGACUUUCAUUGAUGCUGAGUCUAAGCGGGAGCUGCUGGGUACGUAUGUGAGACAAGGAGUGGACAUUGUGCCAGUGGGCGAGGCGCUGCUAGAGAAUCCAAAGAUGGUACUGAACAUCCCACAGAAACGCAGAUCAUGUAUGUCCGAAGGAGUGAGGAAGCUCCUGCAGGACAUGCUGGCCGUCAACCCUCAGGAUCGUCCUGAUGCUUUCCAGCUGCAGGUCAGAAUGGACCAGAUCAUCUGUGCUGCGUGACCCUCAAUCAGACUGCAUUACAGACUGGCGUUACUAAGAGGAGCUGCUGCAUCACGGAAGCUCUCACUGUUUAAUCUGAAGACUGUGAAGAUAGAGGAGAAGCAAGGGAAACAUGAAAUGGGAUUUUAGUUUUUCUUUGAACUUGUUUACAGUGAGGUCAUCUGGCCCCUUCUGAUAGAUAGAAUUGUUGUAAUUCAAAUAUAGACGUCAGGAGAAAUUCAUAGCAGAAAAUGUGAUAGUGACACUCUUGAAUCAUUGAUUGACUGCAAAUGUAAGCUAAGGUGCAGUGUUAAUUUAUAUAUGUGUUCACAGGGCAUUCUGAUCACACUUAAUGAAAGCGCAUCAGAUCCACACUGCUCCCCCUUUUGCUUGUAAAAAUUGUCAGACUGCCCAGCUUACUGAUUCAUUUUUAUGUAUUUUUAGGCAGUUUUAUUCUGCCUCAUUUGAUCAUUAAAAAUAACGCUUAGUUUUCAACACUCUACAAUCAUGUAUGUAAAAAGAAAAUCCGUUAUCAGCUCAUUUAGGUGAGUUAAACUCAGAAGAAUAGCAGAAACUCGCCACAAGCUAGACACAAUGAAUAAAGUAGAUAUUUUUAAUAUUUGAAGACAUGCAACUUUUUCACAUGUCCAACAUUAAUUUACCCAUUUCUUUGCCUUUAACUAGAAACUAUGUCCGGAAAGCAGGUUAUUUGACACCAUUUAUUGAAAUUUGAUUGAAUGGAUGUUUUGUUCUUUUGAUUUCAACUGUAAAUUCAUUGUUUAUACCUAUGGUGCCUUGAAUUUACUAGUCAGGUAAAAUAUGAAUCAAGGUCAGCUGUUAUAUUUGCCUUUGAUUUGGAACCCCAAAUACAUUUUUUAGGCAUAUGUUGAUGAUAAUUUAGUUUCUCAGUAUUUGGGAUGUGAAAAAUGUGGAUUUCCAUGUGAUCAUUUGGAAUAAGACAUUAUAUGGCAUGUUUUAAUUUUACUAUUUUCUGUGAACCAUUUAUUUGUUGAGUAGAACAUGUUUAGGGGAAACUGAAGAUCGAAUGUUUGGGGUGCGAUUUAUGUUAAAGGAGCACAGCUGCAGGGUAUAGGGUACAUGUCAGGUUCUACCUCUGAUGAACAGCCUUUGUUUCUUGUUGAGAAGUAAUUCAGCUUUAGCUGACAAUCUGUCACAGGUCUUGGUGGGCUGUUAUUCUACCUGUGAUAGAAAGUAGAAUGUGAAAAACCAUGUGUUCAGAAGCAUUUUGGAACAUUUCUACAGUCAGCCGCAGUUGAAAGUUGUAAAUGUUGAUAUAUUUGCCAUAAACCAAAGGUCCGAAGUCUGCCAUGUGUUAAACUAAACUGAGGCCCUGAAUGAUUUGAGAGAACCGCCUUUUCUUUUUAUUUGUACUACCUCAUGUUUCUGCACAUUUCCUCUACUUGGCCGCAGUUUAUUUUUUUAACUAAAACAUUCCUCAUUUAGAGACAACAUGGCAUAUUUUUGAGGCAACAGCUUUUUGUUUCUUGUCGUCAGUGUUUGUGUGUGCAGUUUUUCCAUGGAUUGUGAAUGCAUCACAUUGGUUAAGAAUAAUGACACAGCUUUGACUUCUGUCACUGUAUUGUUCUGGUUUUGCAUUUUGAGAAAUGGGUUUACAUCAAUACAGAUGUUUACACAUCUUUAGCUCAACACAGGCCAGGAUGAACUUUGGUUAAUGUUUUAACUUGUGAAAAACAUGCCUCACCGCUUGAGAAAUCUGCUCACAGACAGUUCUUUCUUCUGAUUUCAAAAGAAUAACUUUUAUUUUACUUUCAUUUGAAAUGUACUUAGGAUAUCAAGAGAUUUAAGCAGCCCCUCAGAAUAUCAGCAUCACUGUCUGUAUAGCUGCUCCUGGAGGGCUUCCUUUGGUUUUGGGAGAAUUUACCUGUAAAUGUGUGCAGGAACGCUGUUUGACUCAACUCUAAUGACUAACGGACACUCUUC